AUGGAGUCGAUACUCGAGAUAAGAGGGGCCUCUGCUGGGAGAUCUCGCAGGAGCACGCCCAAGGUGAAGUCGGGGUGCAUAACAUGCAAAGCCCGAAGAGUCAAAUGUGACGAAGCAAAGCCCGAGUGUCGACGUUGCCUUCGCACGGGCCGAAAAUGCGAAGGCUAUCCCGACCUUGGUGGUCCAGGGUUGGUAUUACCUGCUACCGCACAGCAUCAUCUACCCCUAGAGCCGGCUUCUAUCACCACAUAUAGCAUCCCCUUCAAAGUCCCCGGCAGCCAGGCCGACCGGCAGUUGCUCCACUACUACUGCUGUCAAGCGGCGUGGAACCUGUCUAGCUGUGCCGAUCCGACACUGUGGACAGAAUUGGUCCUACAACGAGCGAACCAUCACUCUGUCGUCCGCAAUGCGUUGGUCGCGCUCAGUGCGCUUCACAAGGAUUACCUGUGUGGGGAACUGAUGGGAAUCGACUAUUACGAGACGACAACUCCCGAUGCAACCACUCGGCUAGUAGUCAGCGGCAAUAACCUCAGGACCAUGGGCAUGAUCAGCAGAUGCCACCGGCAGCUGAGAAAGUAUCUGUCUCGACCGGACGCAUCCCCGGCCGUGGCUCUGAUCUGUAGCGUGAUCUUCUACGCCUUUGAGUCCCUGCUAGGCGAAUCGCAGCAGGCAAUCUGGCACCUUGACCAGGGCCUGAACCUGCUUCAAAAAUGCCAGCAGCUCGACGACAAAUCCUUGUAUGAUCCUCAUGAUCCCUUAAUUCCACAUCUAACCACCUUGCUGCACGAGCUGGACCUCCAAGCCAGCUGUUUUGACGACCGCCGCUCACCCAUCCUGCACCUCGCGACCGUCGAAGAAAGGACCGGCGUCGUCGACAUCGUGCCCGAGGCCUUCCUCGACCUGACCCACGCCGAAGCCGUGCUGGUCAAACUCCAGAACUGGGCUCUGCACCAUUUGUUUGACUAUGUCCACUACAGGGGAUCGAAGAUGGAGGAGCUCCCUUCCGAGCCUUUCAUCGAGAGACUAGUGCUCGCUGCACAGCUGCAGAAGUACGAAGCCACGUUGAGCAAAUUCAGAUCCACGCACGACGAGGACUUGACUUGGCAGACGGCCUCUGCGUACACGCGGCAAGAGGAUCAUCGCCAACAGCGCACCCAACGGAUCAUGCGCCUGCGCAUCAACCUGUACAUGUUUUUGUACCUUGUCAAGGAGCACCUUCCUUCGUCAAUAGCAACGGCGUACGAGAUGGGAAGACAGGCGGCUGCAGACUCGCGGCCGGUAUAUACCCGACGACCGUGUGACUCGGGGUUGGCGGUGCCACCGCCACCGCUGCCCAGCGACGCCGAGGCUGACCUGGAAAGCGCCCUUUCAUGCAUUGACGCUCUCCUGUCUCGCUCAUCGGCGGCGGCAGCAGCAGCAGCAGCGACGGACUCGCCCAAGUCGCAUCUCUCGUCCUGCGCGCAACCGACCGGGACAGCCACCUACACGCUCUCGACCCAACUCGUCGCGUCCGUCUAUUUUCUCUGCCUGAAGCAAACGGACCAACGCACACUCGAGCGCGGCAUGGCGCUGUUCUCGCACCCGUCGCUCCGCCAUGCCCGCGACGGGCUCUGGGACGCCCGCACCGCGGCGUUCCUGGUCGAGAAUCUCGUCAAGGUGCGCCAACACGGCAGCGUCACCGAGGGCAGCUCCGGCAGCGACAUCGUCAUGCACGUCGUCUCCCCCAGCAUAGGCCAAGAAGAAAAUGACAACAACAACAGCGACGUCGGUGGGAAGGGGGGAAUCGACAUGGCCAAGCUGCAACGCAUCUUUCGCCUCUCGGAAAAGCACGGCCUGCCCAUGAUGCAGUCCAAGAAGUUCACCAUGUUGACCUCAUUGGCACCGACUUCAACAACAAGUCCCAGUCCAAGGCCCAUGCCUACGCCUGCCCCACCACCACCGGCGGCCAGAAACGCACGCUCACACUCACGCUCGGUCAUUAGCUGCAAGCAGGACGGAGCGAGACUUCAAGACUGGGCGCAAUACAAAGCCUCCUCCUCGUACUCCUCCUCAGUGCCCGGAUGA